ACGACUAGAGGUAACAGAUAUAAAAUAUGGAUGGAUUUUAUCAUCAUGCUUAGUACUAUGGUACAUCCAAUCCCGACGUUCGCCCACAAAGCUCUGAUCGACACAGCUUUCAUCGACACAACUCUCGGUAGGAUCUAUGCACAGAAAGAUGGAUGCGAAAAACGACAUGCCGAUUUGUCCAGACUGGGUCUGGCUGAAUAAUUCUAAUGUUCACGUCGCAAAAGAUCGGGGCUGGUUCAAGACCUAUACACCUUUCACUUCUACGAUCAGACAUUCUAUCUUCACCUCCCAUGGCCAUCUGCCGGUGUUAGGAGUUGGCACAGUGGAAAUUCCUACCAAACGCUCGCCGAACCGGUCUGGUAAAACCUCUUACGGUUCUCUCUAUCUUAAACAGGUGUUACAUGUGCCUGGUUUCGUCUGUAACGUCAUUGGAUAUUCUAUAAUAACCUCUGAUGGCUACAGCGUAGUCACUAAAAUCGAUCCAAUAAAAAAAGGAACAAUAAAAGAUACCCAGGGCAAGAAUAUGGCGUACUUCGACCCUAAGGGACGGCUCUUCAAUGUCAAGGUCCGGAACCAGCCCGGAGGUCCAAAGCUGGGUCCUUCUCCACUUCGAAAAUACGCAUGUUACAUGCUCAGCUGUGAAUGGGACUCCAGUGAACAGCAAAGAUGGCUGGACCACCGGGCUGAGUGCAGUCUCAGCACUAAUCCGUCGUACACGGACGCUGAAAAAAAGGUUUUUCAAAGUUAUCUGGCGUCGUGAGCACCAUUUCUUUCUCCAACAUGGGCUCAAGGUCUAUUAAGAGGAGGACCGCGCAGAGGGUAGAUUGAUCCUGCGCGCCUUGAUGCACAAAGAUCGUCUUAGCGCAUGAUCUUUGUACGAGAAAGAUUUUACAAGUACGUGAUACGAAGAAUCCCCUUUUUGAUAGAAAAUCAUGGGGUUACGGGUAAACCACACCCACGUCAGAAGGCAAUGACCAUCGCGGGGCGCGAAGGAUUACGUAACCUACUGUCCGGCUUAGGCAGCACUAGUUGGGGAUUGUCAGAGGAGGCGAUGAAUGACAAAAAUUUUCAUCAUAUAUGCUAGCCAAUACUGGGUUAGAUAGUCAAAAUGGUAGGAUUAGAAGGAAUGGAUAUAAAGGAUGGAUGGAUUUCACUGAUAAGCUCGUUGUGAUCACUCAAGUUGUACUUCCUUG